UUCCGGCGUGGCCAUGGCGGCUAACGCGACCACCAACCCGUCCCAGCUCCUGCCACUAGAGCUUGUGGACAAGUGUAUAGGAUCAAGAAUUCACAUUGUGAUGAAGAGUGAUAAGGAAAUUGUUGGUACACUCCUGGGAUUUGAUGACUUUGUCAAUAUGGUGCUGGAAGAUGUCACAGAGUUUGAAAUUACACCAGAAGGAAGAAGGAUUACAAAAUUAGAUCAGAUUUUACUAAACGGAAAUAACAUAACAAUGCUGGUUCCUGGAGGAGAAGGGCCUGAAGUAUGAGUGGAUUUUCUUGACUUACACUAGAUUCUGGCUUUUUUUAAAAAAAAAAACCUUUAAUGUUUAGAUUCUAUAAAAUGAAGUUUCCGUUAAAGGGAAACACUUUGAAGAUAUUCAUCCAUUUUUCUAAGCUAAUCAUGGUUAUUUUGGGAAAAGGAGAGUUUUGUUUUGUCUUGUUUUUUUAAAGACUGAAAAAAUAAAGAUGUUUUUGGUUAA